UGCAGUCUAGUGCAGGAAUAGAAAACACGCCUAUACACACACAUAAAGCUCACGUACAUACACCGACAUAUUCAUCAUCGACAUUUUAGGGGCAGAUGUCCAGACUCUCUACUUCUAGGGACUCUAUGACUCAAUUAGGAAUCGGGCAUUUGAAUGCAUCCCAAGUCAAUCAUAUUUCUGUAUACUGCAUGGUAGACUUAUGUAUACUCGACAAUAGAGUCCUAUAUAAAGAGAGAAGCGACAUUGAUGUCCGAAACUCUGAUUGGUAAUCUAAUUGAUACUUGAUUGUCUAAGCGAGCAGCAAUAUUGUGACCACAGCUGUUUGCAGAAUGAUACGAAUGGUGUUUGAUGACGUUAAAGCGGUCCCAAAAUGGUGGUGGAGGACUCAAUUGGAUACUGAAGGUUGUGGUGGGGGUUUGAUGUCGCUUCUCUCUUUAUAUAGGACUCUAUUCGACAAUACACAAUACCCGUCUAACUUCACGUCUCCCUAGUCAGGCCGACAAGCCGAACAAACACAAAGUAUCUGUACUAAACUAUUCUGUAGCGCGAAUAUUUAGAUAAGAUUAAGAUUUUAUAUAUUUAAUUUGGAAAUGGGUAAAUGGGAAAAAUAUGAAAAAAAUUACAAUGUAGAGUUGGAAAAAGAAAACUGGGCCAAAGAUUGGCUUACAAAAAGUUCAGAGGCUGAUAUAAAUAAUGGAAAGGGGCAAGCAUAUUGUAAGUUGUGCAAAGUAAACCUUCGUGCUCAUAAGACAGAUUUAAACAAGCAUAAAGGCACUAGUAUGCACAGUGCCAGAGAAAAACUUUUGCCUAAGAAUUUACGACAGCAGAUGCAGCCAAUUUUGAGCAAUUUCGGAUUUUCUCAAGCAAAUGCGAAUCAAAAAGCGAUAGACAUCAAGCUUGCAAUGUACAUUGCUUGUCAUUCUGCUGUAAAGAGUACAGAUCAUUUAGGUAUAUUAUUAAAAUCACUGGGUGGUAGAGGAAGCAAAUUUGAAAACUUGCAGCUCCAUAAAACCAAAUGUUCCAAAUUGAUUGCGCAUGUUAUUUCGCCGAGUUUACUAAAGACAUUAGUAGAAGAUGUUGGAAAUUCAUCAUAUUCCAUCAUUGUUGACGAGUCUACUGAUGUUUCGGUUCAUAAGUAUAUGGCAUUCUGCAUUAAAUACUUUAGUCAUUCUUUGAGAGAAAUGAUAACCGAUUUUUUGGGAUUAGUAGAGGUACCCAGAACAAGUGCAGAAGAUUUAUACACAGCGUUUACCUCAUUUCUCGAAUGUAUUAAACUUCCUAUUGCACGACUUGUUGGAAUCGGUACUGAUGGAGCUUCCAACUUAUGGGGGGUAAAUCACAGCUUAUAUACAUUGCUGCGUGACAGACACGUACCACAAUUAAUUUUAUUGAAGUGCAUCUGUCACUCCAUUGAUAUAUGCGCAAGUAAGGCAUGUGAUAAGCUUCCUUCUUCACUUGAGUUUUUAAUUUGAGAGUCAAGAAACUGGUUUUCGCACAGUGCUUUAAGAAAGCAACAAUACAAGGAACUGUACCAGACUUUGAACUGUGGAGAAGAGCCACCCUGUCUUGUACAACUGGCAAAUACACGGUGGUUGUCGUGGUACGGCGCUGUAAAGACCACAUUGGAUCAAUGGGACGCUUUAAAGUGCCAUUUUGAAAUAAGAGCAAGAGAGAAAUGCUACACAGCACGGACAUUGGCAUCUAUGUACAACGAUCCCAUUCAUAGAUUGUACUUAGUUUUCUUAAGACCAAUACUGCGUGAUAUAACCGUUAUAAACACUAUUUUUCAAGCAUCUAAUGGUGACAUUACUAAAAUUCAUGCCGAUUUGCGCACCUUAAUAUUUUCGAUAGCCUCAAGAAUAGUACGACCAGAGGCAAUGAAAGAAAGUCGGCCUAUGAGCAUUCUUCGUAAGUCCGAGCUGGAAAUGCUUAAUGACGCUUUAUCGCAAGAAGAAAAACUUCUACCUAAAGAUAGGGUUUACUUAGGAGAAGCUUUUCAAACCCUUUCUGCUGCUUUAGCUUUGCCUGAGGAUAUUAUAUUGCCCGUGAAACAGAGAUGCGCAGAAUUCCUGCAGGUUCUGGUUAAAGAAUUGGUGAACAGACUUCCUAACAAUGUAGAGACAAUAGAAAAAUUACGAUUUUUCUGUCCUGCUACUGCUCUCGUUAUAUCUGUUAGGCCUAAAUUUAAUGACUUGCCUCUUGAGCUUGUUGAAAAAAUGGAAGAUUUAGAACUGCUCGAAAAUCAGUGGGUGUCUCUUGGAAUACUAAAAAUGCUCGAUAUUUGUCCUGAAAAUAAUGAACCUGAUGCUGUCACGUUUUGGUCUAAGCUUUAUUACUUAAAAAACGCUGGAGGACUCUUUCCAUUAAGAGAGUUGGCUGAGUUUGCCCUACGUCUUCUAGUCCUUCCACUAAGCAAUGCUGUUGUGGAACGAGUAUUCAGCAUAAUGAAUGCUGUAAAAACAAAAUCUCGAAAUAAAAUGAGUUUAAAGAUGUUGGAGGCAAUUCUUCGUGUACGCAUUUAUUUAAACGUUCGUCAUAUUUGUUGUGAAACUUUUGAACCAACAGAAGACAUGAUUUGUCGCUUCACAUCUUUGAUGUAUUCCUCGUUUAAUGAAUCGCAGCACGGAGAAUUAUUUCAUGGUAAUACAGACGCGAAUGAUGAUCUUCUGGCAAUAACAUUAUUUACUUCUGAUGAAACAAAUUGCUGUGAGCUGUGACUAGCAUUAUUAAUCCAAAAUUAAUACAGAAAUUUAAUUUAUCUUUAUUAUGAAAUAUAGAAUUAAGGAUUAAAUUAAACUAUAUAAACCAAAGCUAUAUAAACUUAUAUAAAUCAAAUUAUACAGAUA